AUGCAGUUCCUCAACUUCGCCACGUUGUUUACCUUCCUAAUUGCUGCUUACACCUUUUGCGCAACGGAAAAUGACCCGUCCUUUUGCAAAAAAACACACAGGGGAAUCCUCAAGUACCAUAAGAAGAAGGUACACAAUAGAGCCUCACUAACAAGUGCCGCUAAAAUGUGGCAUGAUAAGUUGGACGCACAGGACUACUUCACCGUAUCUGCAGUUUUGAAAAAUGGCACGCUCGACUUCUACAGAGGCUCCACCAUUUACGACACCAUAGACUUAACCGAAGUUGUAACUCCGCUGUCCAUUUAUUCAACCAGCCCUGAGUGCAUGACUUGGCUAUUCUUGACGAAGCAAAUACUCUGCCUCAAUAUGGGCGAGAUGCGGAACGAGAGCGACGAAAAGACGUUGGAGGACGUUCAAUACAACAUCAUAAACAAUGACAACUUCGAUGGCGUUUCCAUUAACAUACAACAGGACCUCGAGGAUAUCCCCAACGUUGUCAUCAAAGCGGAGUCGUGAAAAGGCCCCUUGGAAAGCACCUUAACUUCAAAGACCAUAAAUCGAGCAAAUUUGUCCAAAAAAUAUUAUCGCAAGUUUUUUUUUUUUUUGUUAUGCAUGACCAAUUGUUUUUUUUCUGUUUUUACCAGCACUAUGGUGCCCAAGUGAGUAGCCCACUUUCGUAUGCCUAUAUGUGCACACAAGCACCUCGCUUCCAUAUUGGCAUUUUUAAAUGUUUACUCUACCAAGGCACGAUUCAAAGCAUGCGUGUGCCUGCCUGUUCUCAUGGAAGAGGCCUUUCAUUGUGAAGGGUACCCGAACCAGCGUCUUCAUGAAUGCAUAAUGUAGCCACAUUUGUCUGUUUAAAAAAUGAUCACUCUAUUUGAGAAAUCCAUAAAAAAAACCUUGUGAUGAUGUGUAAACGGGAGAUGUUAGUGCUUCCUUCGUUC